CGCCUGGCGCGGGGCCCCGAGGCGGGGAUCUGGCGGGCAGAACGCGCCCCGCGCCCGAGCCCGCGCCCACCUCGGCGUCUUUGCGCUCCGCAGCGGCGCGCCUCGCCGGGCGCCCCCGCCAGUCCUGCCGGAAGAUGGUCAACGACCGGUGGAAGACCAUGGGCGGCGCUUCCCAACUUGAGGACCGGCCGCGUGACAAGCCGCAGCUCUCUCUUCCUGAGUCUGCACGGCAGACACCCACGUGUGGGGCAGGGCGUGUCAUUAUUGCCUCCACUUUACAGUGGCCAAGCUGCGGCUACGUGCUGUGCACGGUGCUGCUCUCGCUGGCGGUGCUGCUGGCCGUGGCCGUCACGGGCGCCGUGCUCUUCCUGAACCACACCCACGUGCCAGGCACGGCGCCCCCGCCCGUCGUCAGCACCGGGCCCGCAGGUGCCAACAGCGCCCUGGUCACCGUGGAGAGGGCCGACAGCUCGCGCCUCAGCAUUCUCAUCGACCCGCGCUGCCCCGACCUCGCCGACGGCUUCGCCCGCCUGGAGGGCGCCCGGGCCUCCGUGCUGCAGGCCCUGGCGGAGCUGCAGGCCCAGCCGAGGCUGGCGGGCGAGCGGGAGCGGGAGCUUCUGGACACGCUGGUGGACCAGCUGCCCCGGCUGCUGGCCCGGGCCUCCGAGCUGCAGGCGGAGUGUGUGGGGCUGCGGAAGGGCCUCGGCGUGCUGGGCCAGGGGCUCGGCGCCCUGCAGAGCGAGCAGGGCCGCCUCAUCCAGCUUCUCUCCGAGAGUCAAGGCCACAUGGCUCACCUGCUGAACUCGGUCAGUGACGUACUAGACGCCCUGCAGAGGGACCGGGGGCUGGGCCGGCCCCGCGUCAAGGCUGACCUUCAGAGGGCGCCUGCAAGGGGAUUGCGGCCCCGGGGCUGCGCCAGCGGCUCUCCGCCACGCGACUGCCUGGACGUGCUCCUGAGCGGACAGCAGGAGGAUGGCAUUUACUCAGUCUUCCCCACACACUACCCUGCCGGCUUCCAGGUCUACUGUGACAUGCGCACGGACGGCGGCGGCUGGACGGUGUUUCAGCGCCGGGAGGACGGCUCCGUGAACUUCUUCCGAGGCUGGGAAGCGUACCGGGACGGCUUCGGCAAGCUCACGGGGGAGCACUGGCUAGGGCUCAGGAGGAUCCACGCUCUGACCACGCAGGCCGCCUACGAGCUCCACGUGGACCUCGAGGACUUCGAGAACGGCACGGCCUACGCCCGCUACGGGAGCUUUGGCGUGGGCUUGUUUUCUGUGGACCCGGAGGAAGACGGCUACCCGCUCACCGUGGCCGACUACUCGGGCACUGCAGGGGACUCCCUCCUGAAGCACAGCGGCAUGAGGUUCACCACCAAGGACCGCGACAGUGACCACUCGGAGAACAACUGCGCGGCCUUCUACCGCGGCGCCUGGUGGUACCGCAACUGCCACACGUCCAACCUGAACGGGCAGUACCUGCGGGGCGCGCACGCCUCCUACGCCGACGGCAUCGAGUGGUCCUCCUGGACCGGCUGGCAGUACUCGCUCAAGUUCUCCGAGAUGAAGAUCCGGCCGGUCCGCGAGGACCGCUAGCUGGGCGCUCCCCACCCCGGCCCCCCGCCCCCACCCACCCCCGUGCCCCCUGUGGUCCCCGAGCCCAGCCCCACCCUGCAUCUCCCCCCGACGCCCACCUGCCCGCACGUGGCCGGCUUGCUCACGUGUUGGGGGGGGGGGGGUUGUACGUCCCCUUCACGCUGUCCUCACCCCUCAGUUCACCUCUGCUGAUGUGGGGGGGGGUGACUCGACACCCCCAAAUUCUGCCCGCCCGGACUUCGGCUCCUGGGCUAAGCGUCUUGACUUCCCGUGCUCAGCAGUCGGCCCGGCACCCCGGCAGACCCUCCGCUUCGCCCGUCCAGACACCCGGCGUUAUGGGGGCACAGGGCAGGGGCCGGCGGCACCCCAGCAGCCUUUUCAGGAGACGGAGGGAGUGUCUGGUCUUUCUGAGUCAGGUCUGAGGCCAGCCGCCUCUGGCCUCGAAAUUUCACUUCCCUGGUGCCUGAGGAUCCGGCCUCUCCCCCAAGGACCAGACAAAGGCUGGACAGCCAUAUGCCAACCCUUCCCCCAGGCCAGGCCGGGGUGCGGCUGCCCGUGGGGACUCCUACCCCGAGGCCAGUUUCCUGGAGCUCCCCCACCCCCACCCCUGUGUUCCUGCAGGCCUGGGAGGUCCUCAGUCCCUUCGGCUGCUGCGCCCAGCCUCCUGCCUUCCUGGGGCGGCGGAGCCCCACCCCACCCUAUCCUCUUUCCCGAGGGAGGCUGGGGCAGGUCCUGAAUCCUCUGGGCCUGGCCGGUGAGGAUCUCUAUUUUCUGGGCUGCCGUGGGGAGUGAAUGUCCCACCAUUCCCAGGGACUCCGGGAUCCUAGGGCCCCCUGGCAUCAGGCCUGCAGGGGGGAGGGUGGACCAGGAGGGGUUGGGUGGCCGUUAGCCCUUCAUCCCCGAGACUGCUGUCUCAAGUGGGGGCGGCUGCCCCCUGCUGGUGACUCUGGGCACUGCCAAGACUCGCUGGGCAAAUGGGGGAGACUGAGGCACCACCAGACGCUCGAAACCAUCUUUCAUUGAAUCCUCCCAAUGCCCAACAUACUAUCACUCUACCCCUCUCCCUCCCCCUAAGAACUGGCCAAGAUGAGCAGCCCUCAACCUGAUAUCAACCCGCUGGGACCCCAAUGCCUUUGCCCUCAGAACCAAGCACCAGGCUGUUUUUCUACGUUCCUACCUGUGGGGAUUUGAUGGGGGCAGGGGCGCUUCGAGAGGGCUGGAAGGUCACCCUGGGGGGCUGCCU